AUGGAUCCAGCUAUGAGUAAGGCGCGAUAUCGACGCGCCAAGCUAUGCGUGCUGAGUGCGGUAAACGCAGGGGCGUUCGCCGCCGCAGUUAAUCUCGUGCUUACCCUUAAUCCGGAAGACAGGAUAUCAGUGACCCGCGGCUGUGCUUUGACAGCACUCGGUUUCGCCUAUUUCAUGUCGCUGUUCGAGCUGUUCACCUUCGCGGCACUCUUCACAAGUUCGGGCUCCAGACUGCGUCAGAAAUAUCGUCUCAACUGCGGUGAUGUUCUGGAUAUCAACAACAAGCUGGUAUCUGCAGUGCAGGCCGCACUAUCGUGUGUCACCGGCGCUGUGGUGUGCCUUUGGUCGUGUACCCGUGACUUUAUGCGUUCUUCGCACUUCAUGUCGGAGGCCUACGCCUGGUUUGGCGCUGCAUAUUUCUUCUACGACAUCUGGUCUAUGUAUUUGGUGCAUGUUCGACAAGUGGCAUUCUCAAAGGGCUUUGGGUCAUUGGGCGGGGCUGCUAAAAGCACAGAGUCAUCGGAAGGAGUCGCCACGUCACUAAUUUCUGAUGACGUGGGCUGCAUGGGAGUGAAAAAACCUAGAAGAGGGCCACGCUGUGCCGCCUGCGGUGAUUGCAUGGGCGAAGGCGCAACAAGGAUUUCAUUCUUUUCUUAUUGCCGCCAUGAACCUGUGAUACUCUUCCAUCAUCUCUUCAUAGGGGGUUUCGGAUUCCUCGUCAUUGUUUACCUGCGUGGAGGGUUGGGCGACUGCGUAUUCGGUUUCGUUUACCUCAUGGAGCUGUCGACACCGUUCGUGUCUAUACGCGGGAUCCUGUCGCGGAUGGGCUUGAAGUCGUCGCGUGCGUAUCUGCUGAACGGGCUGGUGAUGCUCGCCACUUUCUUCGUGUGUCGUGUUCUGAGUCUGCCUUAUGUCUUUCUUAUGUACAGCAGAGUUAUCGGAUUGCCGUAUUUCGAGGCCAUUAAAACUUUACCGACCGGCUGCAAGAUCUCCAUAUGUAUUCUAUUGCUGCCGCAACUUUACUGGUUCUACUUGAUGUCUGCGGGCGCGGUGAAAGUAUUCUUAGGAGGGGCGAAGUCGAAACCGAAGUCCGGGGCUCCGCUGGCGGCCGGCGACAACGACAAGCGCAGCUGA